AUGUUCGCCGUUUCGAAUCUGAAACUCCUUGAUCGGCUGCUAGUGCUUUGCCUAGCGCUAGCAUCGUCCAUCGAUGGAGAGAUAACGACCCACCUGGGUCCGGAUGGAUAUGAAUACCCACGGCCAAACAUUCCAUUCCCGCCACCCGAGAAACCGCAAGGGCCUAGCACUCCACGACCUUGCCCAUUCGGAGGGGUUCCUCCAUAUUGCUGUACCAACGGUGGCUCCGGACCCAACUGUGACAUCUCGUCACCAUCAACGCCAGCACCUCCUACUCCAAGGCCGUGUCCAUUUGGGGGAAUUCCUCCUUACUGUUGCACCAACGGCGGUACGGGACCAAACUGUGCUGUGCCCAGCAGGCCUACCCCAGGUCCGACGCCCACUCCUGCCUCGUGUCCCUAUGGUGGAGUACCUCCGUAUUGCUGUACUAAUGGAGGGCAAGGACCAAACUGUGUUGUUCCAUCGCGACCAACUCCUGGUCCAACUACUCCAGCUGGAUGUCCCAAUGGUGGAGUCCCACCAUACUGUUGUACUAAUGGAGGAAGUGGUCCAAAUUGUGCACUUCCUUCGCCUUCUACUCCCCGGCCUUGCCCAUUCGGAGGUGUACCACCGUACUGCUGUACUAAUGGAGGAAGUGGCCCGAAUUGUGCUUUGCCAUCUCCGUCAACUCCCUCUCCUACAACUCCUCGACCAUGUCCCUACGGCGGAGUGCCUCCAUAUUGCUGCACCAAUGGGGGAUCAGGACCGAACUGUGCACUCCCAUCACCUUCAACACCUAGUACACCAAUCACUCCAAGACCUUGUCCUUUCGGUGGUGUACCGCCGUACUGUUGCACUAACGGAGGCACCGGUCCAAACUGCGCUUUACCGUCUCCGUCGACCCCAUCUCCAACAACCCCUAGACCGUGUCCAUUCGGCGGAGUACCCCCAUACUGCUGCACAAACGGAGGAUCCGGACCAAGCUGCGUUGUUCCGACCCAGGGACCAACUUCGCCUAGACCACCGUCACGCCCACCAGGCAGCGAAAACGAAUACCUUCCACCAUGUCCCAACGGUGGACAAGGCCCGGAAUGCGUUCUGCCAAUUACUCCUCCACCAACCAGACCACCAAGCAGACCCACUCCAGGUCCAACAACUCCGGAGCCAUGCCCUAACGGAGGAGUGCCACCCUACUGCUACCUACUCCCGGACCAACUACACCUUCCGGCUGUCCAAACGGUGGUGUUCCUCCUUAUUGUUGUACUAACGGUGGAAGCGGACCGAACUGCGUAG